GAUCAUCCCUCCCUCUCUGUGUCCAGAGGAGACAGCGCCAGCAGGAGAGGAGUCGGUGACAGAGAGGACAGGAGUAAGAAGUUGAUCAAUAAAUAAAAAUAAAUAAAUAAAGUGUCCUUUGGGGAUCAUGACGCUGCGGGACGAACUUCUAAAGUCCAUAUGGCACGCCUUUACUGCUCUGGAUGUGGACAAAAGCGGGAAAGUCUCCAAAUCUCAGCUGAAAGUGCUUUCUCAUAACUUAUGUACAGUGCUGGGAAUCCCCCACGACCCGGUGGCGCUGGAAGAACACUUUAAGGAUGACGACGAGGGUCCUGUUUCCAAUCAGGGAUACAUGCCGUACCUCAACAAGUUUAUCCUGGAUAAGGCGAGGGAUAACUUUGACCGUCAGGAGUUCAAUAAAAUGUGCUGGACGUUGUGCUCAAGGAAGAACCUGGAUCAAAAACAGCUGUUUAUCUCCAACGACGACGCCUUCAAGAUAUGGUGCAUAUUCAACUUCCUGUCAGAGGACAGAUACCCACUGACUAUCGUCACCGAGGAGAUAGAGUACUUCUUGCGUAAGCUGACCGAGGCGAUGGGAGGAAGCUGGGUGGAGGAGCGUUUCGAGGACUUGAAGCUGCAGCUGAACUCAAAGCAGCAGUGCCUGAGUGUGUGGGAGUUGAUCCCCCUGGUGGGCUCAGGUCACUUCAGCAAGGGCAUGGACCAAACCACGCUGUCCAUGGGCAUCAGCGAGGUCUACCAGGAGCUCAUCCUGGAUGUGCUCAAACAGGGUUAUAUGAUGAAGAAAGGUCACAAAAGGAAGAACUGGACCGAGCGCUGGUUUGUGCUUAAGCCCAGCUGUAUUUCAUAUUAUGUUGGUGAGGACCUCACAGAGAAGAAAGGGGACAUCCUGUUGGACGGAAGCUGCACCGUGGAGUCUUUACAAGACAAAGAGGGAAAGAAGUGCCUCUUCCUCAUCAAGUCGUCUCAAAAAAGCUUUGAAAUCAGCGCAUCAGACAAGAAGAAGAAGCAGGAAUGGAUCCAGGCCAUUCAGACAUGUGUGAACCUGCUGCGUCAGGGCCGGCCUGCACCGCACCACGAAGCCCGCCAGAAACGGCGAGAUCUGCGGCUCAGGCAGCAGGCCGAGCAGGAGGAGCUGGAGUUGAGAAUGAAGGAGCUGCAGACGGCAAACGAGGCCAAACAACUUGAACUGGAGAACAUGAGGAAGGCUCUGGAGGAAGCGGCAGCAAAAGCAGCCGAGGAAGAGAAAAAGCGCCUCUUGACCCACACUGAACUCCAGGACCGCUACAGGGUGGAGCUUGAGAGAGAAAAGAUGGUACGACAGCAGAUGGAGGAGCAGGUGGCCCAGAAGUCAUGUGAGCUGGAGCAGUAUCUGCAGAGGGUCCAGGAGCUGGAGGACAUGUACCAUCAGCUGGAGGGGGCUUUGGAGGAGGAGAAACGGGCCAGACAAGAUGAGGAAACCGUCCGCAAGCUGCAGGCACGGCUGCUUGAGGAGGAGGCUGAGAAGAGAGCAGAGUUGGAGGUGAUCCACCUGCAUCAGCAGCGGGCCAUCUCUGAAACCGAGGCGGAGAAACAGGAGUUGGAGAAGGAACGUCUGGCUAAGGAGAGCGCCCUGCAGGCUGCGAUGAAACAGCUGGAAGAGCUGGAACAGGAGAGGCAAGGGGCGCUGGCGCAAUAUCAGACGGUGAUGAAAAAGCUGGAAGAUGCAACCAACAACACCAGGUCAUGGAAGCACAAAGUGGCUCAACAUGAGGGGAUGUUACGGCUCAUUCAACCAGGUUCUAAGGGGCCACAGAAUAUCACCAACUGGGGCCCGGCAGCUUUCUCUGAAGCAGAACUCAGUCUGCGGGAGAAGCAGUGGCAGGAGAUGAAGAACCAAGCGACGCAGGCUCAGUGAAGCCGCCAUCAGACUCAAACAUCACGUCACUAAACCAAACUGCUGAUUAGAUCUGCUGUGUUCAGUUAAACAUGCAGGUAGUGACUGAAAACAAAUUUGGUCACUCUUUUUUUAUUCACCUCCACCCCCCCACCCACCCCACCCCACCCCCAGAUAUAACGACCUGGUUAACUAGAAUACCGGGAUGUUUUAUAUCAUUAGGACAUGAAUUAGUUGGUUCCAUUCAGUUAAUCUCUAGUGUCGUCCACAAGGUAGCAGGAGGAUAACCAGCAGUAUGCUACAGUUGGCGCACAAUGCUAAAGACUAAAGCUGAUGUGUAACAUUGUGCCGAGUUUAGCUUGAAUCCUGUAAAGAAAUACAAAAAUAUGUGAUAUCAGCAGGAGAACAGAUGAACCAGAGCAGCUUUGUUUCAUUCUACUUUGUUUUUAAUAAAAUUUAGCAGACAUUUCUGAGUCUAAUUAUAGCUUGUAAAUGUAAAACAGCUGUUCUGCUGAAGUUUUAGGCCUCAAGGGUUAACAUUCAUACAAGAUGCCUUUGGAAAUAAUUUUAAAACUGAAUCAGCCUUCUAAGUUGGUCUUUUUUUUAAUACCUUGUGGAUUAUUCUGAUUCACCUUCAGUUCUGCUUCAGAAACGGGACAGGUAGCAUCAAGUAUUCACCCACUUACCCAAUACAGGAAGUAAAUGUGGUAUUAUUUUUAUUCAGCUGUUUUGUUUCUACAAUGCUUGCCAUCCAUUUUUUGGCACGUCUGGUGCAGACGGAGUAAUUAAUGGAGAAUUUCAAUCUGAGUAUAUCUAACUAUUGGGGAAAUAAUCACAACUUUAUUUUUUUGCUGUAAUUAUAAAAUAUUUGGUAGCACAAUUAUUUGUACCCUCCUUCUUAAAGGGACAGUGUCUUGAUAUUUUGGCUGUUAAUGAACAAAAAUUAAAGUAUUGCUUUACUAAUUACAUAUUUUGUUUAGGUCUAAUAACAUCACAUCAUAAAUGAAAGCAUUCUCAUAGCUCAGAGUUAGUUUAUAAACACAUGGAGGACACUGCAUCCAAUGGCUAGACACCAUGUUGGUUUGCCAUUUAUGUAGAGUAGCUGAAAGGGAUAUACAGAGAGUAUUGCGGCCAGGCUAAAGAUUUUUAAAAAUGUUUAUUUUUAGAAUAAAGUUGCAAUAUUACGAGAAUUAAGUUAUCAUUCAACAUCCCUUUUUAGAAAGAAAGCUUUGAGCUCCGACCAGAAGAUUUUAAUACCUUAUUCUCGUAAUUUUACGACUUUAUUCUUGUCAUUUUAUAAUUUCUUUCUCAUUAUGUGAUAACUUUAUUGUUGAAAUAAGAGAAAAAAAAAUCUCUAGCCUGGCCCUUAUACUCCGUCGUAGAGACCAACUUGUCAGCUUUACAUGUUUUACCUGUAUCUAAAAACGUGUUGUUGGUGGAGUUUAAAAGAAGAUUCUACCUUCUACUUUCUGUCAUAAUGAAAUGGGUCAACUAUGAAACGGUCAUGAAAGAAUGUUUGUAAUGGUCCAACCUGUUAUGAAUUUAAAAUGUUAUUGUAUGCUUUAUCAAAACUGUUACAAUGUUGAAAACAGCCCCACAUCUUUAUCCUUUGCUUAAUGACUAACUAUGUGAAAUAGAAACUUCAUUUUCAGCCCUUCUUGUUAUAUUUAUCACGCAUCACGAAUUUGUCAUUAUGACACGGACCUGGAGGUUGAUCCACUUGUUUAGACUUGUUUAGGUUUCACUACUGGCUUGUCUGAUCUGGGAAAGUGUUUGUUAGCAAUGAUGACAACAUGCUGAGGGUAAAAAAAAACUAUAAAUCAGUUGCCGCAGAAAUCCCCUUGGAGAAGAAGCCUCUUUGAUUAUUGUGAUCUCAAUGGACGGGGGAUUUUCAUGUGCAUAUCUAUUGAGGAGGUGGGAUCUAAAUUAGGCUUUAGUCUCGUCCAAUUCCAGUUAAAAUUCCUUUAGACAACUUCAUCUAUUUUGAUAGACAAAAAAACAUUUUUUUUAUUUCUUGUUUUCUUUUGGUAUUACUGCUGCUUAGCGUUUUAGAGACUAGCAAACUCAAAAAUGACACUAACACCCAAAAAGAAACAUGCAAAAGAAAAACACUGUAAGUUGCAAAAACAGCAGAAUGUUUUUUCUUUCCUAAACUUUAUUUAAAACUUUGCUUCAAGUAAAACGAUGCUGAAAUAAACAACAGUAUACCAUAACAAUGCACAGAAAAGUAAAACUAUAAAACACCCAAAUAAACCCACGACAAAAUAAAGCUAAUAAUAAAGUACGGUGAAGUCCAGGUGUAAAUGCAGUUUAGAGAAUUACAUUGUAUUUUGUAGCCUUUUUGUUGUUUCAGUCAAAGAUUGAAUUAAAAUAAAGUUUAAUAUCCACUAUGAACAGAUCAAAAUGAUUAAUUAUGGAUAAAAAACUUUCACUACCUUUUAAGACAUUACUUUAACAAUAAACUGUAAAAAAUUAAACAAUGUGUAAAUUUUCUAAAGUCCUAAUGACGUGGUUGUCCUUGGCGUCACUUAGACCAGCUCCCUUUAAAUUUGACCACCAGCAGACCUGAAGACAAGUUUAACAACAAGCAGCUGGUUUUAGUGGUCAGUUAAAGCUCACAGUGGCAAGAAAUGUUGUCAUUUCAUCAACUUACCAGAGAAAAUGACUGAAACAUGGAGAAUGAUCUGCAGUCAAUUCUAAAGGAUUAUUCAACAUUCUACAGCUCCAUGAUCCACGGAACAAAUGCCUUCCAUUCUUUCUGUAGAAAUCACUGGACUCUCAUAACUCACUCUAUCUAUGGCUCUAGUUUUCAGCUUUCUUGAACGUUCAGUCGUUUUAACUACUUGCAGAAUUUUUCCUUUGCAUGUGUUUUGUAUGUUAGUCUGAAUAUUAUUUUUCCUAGUCUAUUUUUUUAAAUCACGUAUUCCCACAGCGUUUGCAUCCCUCCACCACCAUGAAUAUGCCACUUUUUGCUUCCUUUUUUUACUUACAUGCGGAGAUGCCAUUCUGCUCACUGCGCUGACCGUCAUCCAGCAACAGACAGAGGCCUCUUCAGAUCUGUUGUGUAACAAACCCUGAUAGGAGCUCCUUCCUCCACAGACAUCCGAAACACACUAAUCAGAAGGUCCUGUAAUCUCAUCUUUAAAGAAGUAAAAAAUCUGUCAGGGAAACAAACAUUUUCUGACAUCAGACAGCAACAUUUCAGCUAUGGAACAUGGAACCCAAAGGAAGGAAAUUUUUCUAUAUUUUGCAAUGAGAAAGUGCUCUGCUGCACUCAGUAAAUGAGACUUUAACAUCAUGUAGGAACAUGGAACAUCCAGCUAUUCACUCUGCCCCAUCUGCUUCCUACAAUAUUAUGAGCUGUUCAUCCAGUGUUUUACCAAUACAUAUUACUGUGUAUGUUGAGUUUAUGAUGUGCAGCUAAUUCAAAAGAGGAUUAUCAAAUCCAAAAAAAACCAAAUGGAGAAAUUCUGAAAAAUCCUUUUUAACAAUGCAACAGUAAAAAACAUGAAUUAUUUUGGUUGAUGAUGGAUCAUCAGUGUUUGUGCUACUACUUUGUAUCAUGUUGUUCUUUGUCCCAUUUCUUAGCUUGUAUUUCAACUAUGCACUACUUUUAACUGGAUCUCCAAGCUGUCAUACAACAGGCUUGAAGUUCAAACUGUUAAAACCUACAGGGUAAUCUUUUAGGCCUUUGGGUUUUAGAAGAGUUCAAAAAUGAGACCUGACCUGUCCGACAUGUGGACUAUUUUUGACCUUUUUAACACGGAAAUUAUUUUAUGCAUUUUAUCACAAGCUUCAUUCUUUGUUACAGUUAUUACUUUUUAAAGAAAUGCUGUCUCCAAUUAACAUACAUGGAUAUAUUAAACAUUUAGUCAUCAUCCAAGUACCGUGUAACUAGUUUACCUGAUCUGGGCUAUUAAUCCUGUGUGUACUACAAACAGGACGUCUAACUGCUCGACAUAUCUACUGUUUUUCUUUCUUUGGAACUUGCCUGAUUAACUUUUAUUUUUCAUUAAUGUAUGCAUUUGUAAAAAGUUGGAGACUUGAACUGUGUAAUAAAAAUUAUUUCUAAUAAUAAUGAAAGAAAA